GAUAGAUUCUGCUCUGCUUCUCGUCCAGUGUGAUAUCGUGUGUGAGCUUCUCCUUCCUUCUCCUGAUCGUGUGUGCGGUGCGCGUGUCGGUCGGGUGAUCAUGUCGACGGCGCAGCAGGGGCAGGGGGCGGCGACGUCGCUGCCGCCGGGGUUCCGGUUCCACCCGACGGACGAGGAGCUCAUCCUGCACUACCUCCGCAACCGCGCCGCCGCCGCGCCGUGCCCGGUCCCCAUCAUCGCCGACGUCGACAUCUACAAGUUCGACCCAUGGGACCUCCCCUCCCAGGCGGUGUACGGCGACUGCGAGUGGUACUUCUUCAGCCCGCGGGACCGCAAGUACCCCAACGGCAUCCGUCCCAACCGCGCCGCCGGCUCCGGCUACUGGAAGGCCACCGGCACCGACAAGCCCAUCCACGACGCCGCCACCGGCCAGGGCGUCGGCGUCAAGAAGGCGCUCGUCUUCUACAAGGGCCGCCCGCCCAAGGGCACCAAGACCGCCUGGAUCAUGCACGAGUACCGCCUCGCCGCCGACCCCCUCGCCGCCGCCGUCAACACCUACAAGCCCAUCAAGUUCCGCAACGUCUCCAUGAGGUUGGAUGACUGGGUGCUAUGCCGCAUCUACAAGAAGUCCGGCCUGGCGUCGCCGAUGGUGCCGCCGCUGGCAGACUACGACCACAUGGCCGACCACGACGACCUCUCCGGCGGCGGCUCCUUCGGCGACGCCGCCUGCAGCUUCUACGCGCACUCCAGCAGCAGCAGCAGCACCUGCAGAACCAUGAUCACGCAGCAGCAGCAGCCGCACGCCGGGAGGCUCCCCACGAUCCCGUCCUUCUCCGAGCUCUUCGAUGACUACGCGUUCGCUCAGAUCUUGGACGCCGAGGCCGAGCAGGGCGCCACCCACCACCUCGCCGUCCACCCCUCCCUGAACCAGCUCCUCCCCGUCGGCGACAGCGCGCACGGAGUGCAGCCGUCCUACUACGCGCCGUCGUCGUCGUCGCCGGAUGCCAGCGGCGGGAGCGCGGGGAAACGCAAGGCGGAGAGCCCGGAAGAAUCAUCGGCCAAGAGGCUCAACGGGUCGUGCUUCGACGCGCCGCCGCAGUCGGCUACCGGCUGGCAAGCGGCGGCGUCGGUGCUGGGCGGCCUCAGCCAUCAGAUGCUUCCUCAGUUCUAAGCUGUAAUUGAUUUAACUUAAUCAGCCGUGUAAACGAGCGUGGCGACAUGAAACAAGCUUAGGUUUCAGAAAAUAUGAAACAAUCUUGUACUAUAUGCUAAUAUGCCAUCAAGAAUUCAAGAUAGAUAAAUACUGUGGUGUAGGAUUAAUUAUUCCAGUUAUUCAAGAAGCAUGCAUGUA